AUUCGAGCGUUUUACUGGUCGAGUGUCAUGUCAGCUGAAUUGGACAGACCGGAACUGACCGUGCACUGUUUCCGGAACGUCCCCCGCCGGGUCUGUUAUGUACACGUUCUGUCUGAAAUUGAUAUAAUCGAUAUAAAAAUAAUGCAGUUUUAUUUAAACGCCACCAAAUUAGUUCACAUUUCACGCAGCCGCUAGAGGGCGUCAUAUCAUUGUUUCAAUAAUUCAGUUUUAUAUUCAAAUAACUUUAUUGACACUAACAAAUACGUUGCUUCAGAUUCUAAAAUGUUAUUUUACAUAUUCUUUUUGGAUGCCGAGACUAAGUAACAUAGUGAAAUGUUUUUUUAGGGGUCUGCAGGGACACAAGGAACAACCACCACGAGCAAAUCUGACACUGAGGAGGAAAUAUAGGACAACAGGAGGAAGAGGAGAGAGAGAGAGAGAGAGAGAGAGCGAGAGAGGACAACAGAGGAAUCUGCUUCAUCUCAGCAUCAGUGUCUUUCAGCUCCAGCAGGAUGAAGGAGCUGCAGCAUCUCUCUCUGCCCGGAGCGUGAGGAGACUUCCUGGUUUCCAUCUGCCUGCUCGUCCUCAGCCUCCUUUACCUCCGCCUCACCCUCUGUGUGUGUGUGUGUGUGUCUCUGAUCUUCCUCCUCCCCUCCUCCCCCUCGCUCGUGUCUCUGCAGCAGCAGCUGACAUCAUGGAUGGAUUCCGGCUGCCGCCGCUCAUAGAGGAGGUGCUCGACCCGUCCGAUGAGCUGUGUGAGCUGAAGGACAAAGAGGAAGACGAUGAGACGCUGAGAGAUGGAGAGAAAGGACAGCAGGAGGAAGAGAAGGAGGUGAAGGAGGAGAAGGAGGAGGAGGAACGAGGAGGAGGAGCUGAGGAUGAAGAGCUGGAGGUGGAGGAGCUGAGAGCUCAGGUGCUGCAGCUGCUGAUGGAGCUGGAGGAGACGAGGGAAGUCUCUCAGAGACACGAGGACAGUUUCACUGAGCUGCAGGGUUUGCUGGAAGAAGAGCGUCUGGCGAGCGCCCACCAGGCCGAGAGUUUCACCAGACAAAUCCAGAGACUGCAGGCACAGUUGCGGUCAAUCCAGGAGGAGAUGGACAGUCUGGAGGAGGAGAAGGACAGAGAGCUGGACGAGGUUCAGGAGGAGCUGCGCUCUACUCAGGAGGAGGUGCUGCUGCUGCAGCAUGCGGCUGAGGAGACGGGAGCCGAGAGGGAGAACGACAUCGCCUCCCUGCAGGAGGAGCUGUGCCGGCUCAGGGCGGAGCUACAGCGUCUCCACGCCACGGCGCAAGAGUACGAGCUGGAGAUCACAACGCUGAGAGCUGAAAUCACCAUGAAGAGACAGAACACCGAGCCGCGUCCACAUGGUGAGAUGACGCAGCUGAAGGACCAGAUGGACGUCCUGAAGGACGAGCGUCAGACUCUGAGCGAUGACAACAAGCAGCUGAGCACCAAAGUGGACCAACUGCAGCAGCAACGAGACAUGUGUGAGGACGUGUACCUGGCUGUCAGAGCGCAGGACGACCAGGUGAGGGCGCACUCUUACAUCACCGUGUCUCAGGCUCCUGUGGCAGACAAUCAAGAGAACGGCGUCUCUGAGCUCCAAGUCCUGACAGUCCAGCUGAGAGACGCAGAGGAGAUGGUUCAGAGGGCUCAGAUUCAGUGUGACGGUCUGAAGUGCGAGCUGGCCGAGCUGCAGCAGCGGAACGACCUCAGCCAGCGGGAGCGAGCGGCGCUGGAGCAGGAGCUGCAGCGCUACAGGGCGGAGCUACAGAAGCUGGGCGGGAAGACACAGACCCGCCCUCGUCCAUCUGAGCACCCCGUUCUCUCCGCUCCCUUCAUAGGAUUGGUUGUUAUAUUGGCCUUGAUUUGGUGCUGGUUGGAGGAGCUGGCAUCCUAGAGGGGACCAGCAGAACGACUCUGAAGGCUGGAACGUGGCGGUGGUGGCGGUUGCUGUGGCGGCCAUCUUGGCUCUGGUCAUCCCCAGCUUCACAAGGGCCUGAGGAACUCUGGGAUACGCGUCACCUGACUCACGCUGCCUUCAUACAUGUUGCUCUCCUGAUGUCCGCGCCUUGCCUCACUCUGUCUCGUGGGUGGGGCUACCACGGCAGGUCAUCCUGAACGCCACAAAUUACAGUGAGAGCUGGAGGGAAAAGCAGUAAGCUCAUUUAAUUCACACUUGUCCAGUAGGAAUGCUUAGGUCGUUAAAUAGUGACCGAGUUAAUACUUUAUUAAAAAGUUUUUUUUGUCGUUUUUUUUAACUGAUAUACAUAGUCAAUUGAAAGAGGGCCAAGUACGUAGCCCUGUGGAACGCCUUCAGUGAUGGAGUUUGUUUGUAACAAUGAAAGAAAACUGCGUUGGUUGUUAAUCACUAAAUAAUUUACUUUCUGGAAAUUAUACGUUUUAUUUUGUCACAAAUGGUGUUAGCUCAGAGUGAUAAUAGUGAGACCAAAGCUUUAAAGGUCGGAAACCACUGGUUUAUUUUUUAAAAAGGCUUGAAAUGUUAUUCAUUUAAUUCAUCAAAUGUUUAACAGAAACAUUUUUAUCAGAACAAAGAAAUAGUAAUGAAAUGUAGGAAAAAUUUAUAAAAUUUUUAUCUAUUGUUUUCUAUUGUUUAUAUUUACUUAAUAUAAACAAACAAAAAAGCACAUUUAAGGAGGAUGGCAGGAAAAAAAUAAACACAUAAAUGGGAAAAUAUUCAGGCACAGACAUGUAGUUUUUAAACAGUUUCAGCUCUAAAAAUAAUCUUAUUUUUUCAAACAGAAUUAACAAACUGGUUGACUCACUUUUACUAACAACAAAUGAAAACGUAGAACUCUGUAACUUGUGUUUGCCAAAGUGAUCGUUGCCAUUUUUCUGGUUUCACUGUGACAGUUUUCCACAAAAUAGUUAGAACAGUUUGUCUUUUUGAAUAUUGGUUAUGUUACUAAAUAUUUCAUUUUUAAAUUUUAUUCGUAAAGAAUAUGGUGGAAAACUGGACAGAUUUAUUAAAAAUACUUACCUCUUCUAUUAUUUAUCUAAAACAAUUUAUCACCUUACAAAAAAUGGUUUUCCUUCAUACAAUUCUUAUUUAACAGUAAUAUUUGAUUACAUAUGAUUUGUUUUACAAAUCGGUCUACAAAUCACUCAGUCGUCCCUGAUUUGUGUUUAUAAUAAUUCAAUAAAAAUUUAAUUAGCUGAGUUACAAAUUAUUAUUAUUUUUUUUUUGAACAUACACCUGUUUAAAGCUGAUGUAAAUAGUAAAUGGAAAGCGGACCCAGUACGUAGCCCUGUGGGACGCCUUCACCAACGAUGUCUGUUUAUAAAGUUGAACGAAACAGACUUAUAGAUUAAACAUUAAGUUUAACUGUAGCUGCAAAACUGAUUCAAACCCAAACAGAAAGUGAGAACUUUUUGUUUUGUAGCAUUAAAUCUUUUUAUUGGAGAUUAUCUUGUUUAUUUUGCACAUGCGCAAGUUUACAUUUAAGUGGUGACCAAAUAAUAAUAAUAAUAAUAUUAAAUACAAUAGUAUAAACUUGACCAGAAGUUUUAAUGACUGAUCAUAUUCAGAGUUGAGUUAAACUGUCUCGAUGAUAGUGAUGACCUUUUACAAAAUAAUAUACAAAAGUAUCAGACAUUCCAUAAUACUUUAUUUUUAAAAUCAUUACACAUUUAAAUAUGUAAAAGACUGUUGUGAAUAAAUUGACUGAGCUGUGUUUGAAGUGGCAUUAAUGUGACGAAGCAAUCAAACUGUAGUAAAAUUAAAUUAUUGUUAUCACGUAUUUGAUCAUUUAUAUGUUCACAACCUAUCGAUUUACAUCAUAACUGAUAAUAACUAAUAACCAGCAUGUGUUAUGGAGACUUUUGUACAAUUUUUAGCAUGAGAGACGUCAUUCAUUUUAACGAGACAGAGGAAUAUAUGAAAAUGUAGAUAAACAGAAAAAUAACUGGAUUUUGUUUCUUAUACAAAAAAGACAGAAUUUGAAAUAUUUUCUCCAAUUUUUUUUUGUCAAAUUCAUGACUAUUUCAACAAAGUAGAAAUGACUGAGAUGUCAAAAUACUAUCUCAUAAUUUUAAGUCAAAUAUUUGAGGUGUCUUAUAAUAUUGAGUUUUAAAUUUUUUUUAAAUAACCUUAUAUUUUUGUCGUACAUCUGAAAACAACGGUUGGUUACAGCCAGUGUUGUCUGACUUUACGUCAAUAUAAAACAAUAAAUAAUAUAAAAUAUAAUAUACCCAAACAAAUUUACGUUUCACCCCCCCCACCCCCCCCGUGAAAAGGUUGUGAAAUAACUGUGAAUGUUCAUACCAAAUGUGAGAAAUUUAGUUUUACACAGAUAUUUUAUUGUGCACGUAAAAACAAACAGAACUCUUCCACGAUUCCAACCGCAUGCAAAUAUUAUUCAAUAGAAAUGCUGCAUUUAUGUUUUUUAUUUUUAAAUUUAUGCUGUAUAAUAGUGUUGAAGUUAUUUUUAGUUUUUAGGUAAAAAAAAAUUAAAUAAAAUGUCGCCAAGUGUUUGCAAACAUAUGUAGCAGUGAAACUUUCUCUAAUAAAUAACAACAUCCUUUUAUGGAUCAUAUUAUUACUUCAUUUUGUGUGUUAAUGUUGUUAGUUAUUGAUCAUAUUGAUUAUUGUAAUCAGAGUAUGUUCCUUAGUAUUACCUCACACAUGUUAGCAUCUGUAGCCAUGUUGCAUGUUAGCAAUGUUGUGAUUCUGCAUGAAAAUAUAAACAUAUAGAUUUAUGUUUAUGAAUGUGUAAUUUUUUUGUAUUAUUAUUAAUCCAGUUUCACAUCACUUUACCUGUGUGUUCAGGAGGUGUUAGCUUAGCUUAGCUGAAAGAUAUUUCUGUAACAUCGUAGUUAACGUAGUAAAUGCUAUGUUGUAUGUUUAUAGCCUGGUAUUAUUAUGGUAUAGAAGCUACAGGUCGAGUUUCACACUUGUUUUCUAGAUAGCUAACAAGCUAGCUUACAAAGUUACAGUUGUCAUUUCAAAGUAUUGUUUUAAAAUGUUAUUUGAGCAAAAAAGAAGAAGAAGCUAAAACCAUGAGGAAAAUACAAACAUUAGCUGUUUUAGGUACGUAGCUGAUUUAAUUAAUCGAUUUGUGAUAAUGUUUGCGUGACACAAGCUUUUUGUAUAGUAGUUACUUGUUACAGCUAGCAUGUUGCAGGUCAUCUUAUGUGCGUAGCCACAAAAAACAGACUAAUUUAGCAUAAAAACUGGAAGAUAGGGAACCUGUUAGCCUAAGUAAAUAAAAGUGUUUGAUGUCAUAUCUUUUUUAUUUGAAAUGCAUUAAAAUAAAGAUAACAACUAAACAUUAUAGAAGCUAUUUGAUUACUAAGUGCAUGCUAGGCUAGCAGGUCCUUGUUUUCAGUCUUUGGGCUAAACUAAGCUAAUUUAUCCUUGACCACUGUUUGUGCUAAGGUAGGCUAACUCGUCCUAGGUCAAUGUUUGUGCUAAGGUAGACUAACCCGUACUAGGUCAAUGUUUGUGCUAAGGUAGGCUAACUCAUCCAAGGUCAGUGUUUGUGCUAAGGUAGGCUAACUUGUCAUCGAUUAUUGUUUGUUAUAAGCUAGGCUAACUCAUCUUGGGGCAAUGUUUGUGCUAAGAUAGGCUAACUCAUCCCGGACAAAUGUUUGUGCUAAGGUAGGCUAACUCGUUCUAGGUCAAUGUUUGUGCUAAGGUAGGCUAACUCGUCCUAGGUCAAUGUUUGUGCUAAGGUAGGCUAACUCAUCCGGGGUCAGUGUUUGUGCUAAGGUAGGCUAGCUCAUCCUGGACCGAUGGUUGUGCUAAGCUGGGCUAGCCCGUCCUGGACCGAUGUUUUUGCUAAACUAGGCUCAUUCAUUCCUGGACCAAUGUUUGUGCUAAGCUAGGCUAACUCGUCUUGGACAAAUGUGUGUGCUAAGAUAGGCUAACUCGUCCCAGACCACCAAUGUUUGUGCUAAGCUAGGCUAACUAAUCCUGGACCAAUGUUUGUGCUAAGCUAGGCUAACUCAUCUUGGUCACAGGUUAAACUGAUGUCUCUGAAGAAGACGUUUGACACAUUCUGUGUCUCUGUGCAUCGUCCGUUAGCUUUAGCUGUGUCAGAUGUGAGAUCUGAGUCACCUGACUGAUGUUUAAAAUUAUGAUGAUGAUUAUUUUAUUUCUUCAUGUUUCUGCACUUUAUGUCUGUUUGUAUGUGACGACUUUGUUAAAUUAAGUCUGUACAUUUUGUAAAUGAACAAAAUAAAAGUAGUUUAUCCUGAAGCAAA